AUGGAUCAGGAAAUUGGAAUAUAGGAAAAUAUGACACAGCAACUUCUUAAUAAAGAAUACUCGACCUUUACAUCAUAUAUUAAAAAAGUCAAGUAGUUUUAUUCUAAGGAAAAGAAUUAUCCAAAUGUAUCUUUAACUAAUUGA